UUUCUAAAGCUUUGUUUUCUCCUUAGGCACAGAAUCCAACCCUUUUCCCUUUUCUUUCCCUUUAAACAAGGGGAAAAGAACAAUGUCUUCGGUUUAUCCAGAUCGGGAUCAACCCGAACCGGUCGAUCACUUCGACCGUCUUCCUGACUCGGUUCUUCUUUUAGUCUUCAACAAGAUCGGUGACGUUAAAGCUCUCGGCCGGUGCUGUGUUGUUUCCCGUCGUUUCCAUUCCCUUGUUCCUCAAGUCGAAAACGUCGUCGUUCGAGUCGAUUGUGUUAUCUCCGAUGACGAUUGUUCAUCUUCUUCGUCUUCAUCGGAUAAAUCGCGUGCUCUCGUUGGUCCUUUUUCGAAUCUCUUUCGUCUUGUUUUCGGAGGCAUUGUUAAACCGCUUCAAGCUUUGGGUCAAUUCCUUGGUCCUAAACGGUCGGUUUUGAAUGAAACCCUAAAUUCCCUUUCGUCGUCUUCGUUGUUCGUUGCUCCUGGUGUUGGUGAUGAUGGGGAAAUGGAUCAUGGUGGGGUUACCCAUCAUUCUCCGACGCAGGUUCUUAGGAAUUUUAACGAGAUUCGGUUCCUACGAAUCGAAUUACCCAGUGGUGAGUUAGGGAUUGAUGAUGGUGUUCUUUUGAAGUGGAGAGCUGAUUUUGGGUCAACACUUGAUAAUUGCGUCAUCCUUGGAGCUGCUUCCGUUAUUAACAAUGGGAUUUCGCCGGAAUUUGGCUUCGGCAACGGUGACGAUAACGGUAGUAUCCCAGAAACGUUUUAUACUAACGGUGGCUUGAAAUUAAGGGUUGUUUGGACGAUUAGUUCGUUAAUCGCAGCAUCAGCGAGGCAUUAUUUGCUUCAACCGAUAAUUGCUGAUCAUAAAACGCUGGAUAGCUUGGUCUUAACCGAUGCAGAUGGACAAGGGGUGCUUUGUAUGAACAGGGAUCAGCUCGAGGAAUUGCGAGUGAAGCCAUUAUCGGCUUCUUCUGCUUCGAAAAGGACAUUGGUGCCUGCGUUGAAUAUGAGGCUUUGGUAUGCUCCUUACUUGGAAUUGCCUGAUGGGGUUGUUUUAAAAGGUGCUACUUUGGUUGCUAUUAGGCCUAGUGAACAAUCUGCUUCCAAAAACGAGGUUUCGGAUUCUUCUUGGUUAUCGAAUGCUUUUGAAGAGCCUUAUGGGACUGCGGCUAAGAUGCUGGUUAAGAGAAGGACUUACUGCUUGGAGAUGAACUCGUUUUGAUACUCACCUUCGGAUCUGCUAAGGGAAACGGGUUGAGCACAAUGGUCAAGGGGGAGGAUGGAUAGCAUACUUUGGAAAGCCAAUGCUCAUACAAAAAAUUGUUACAUAUCGUAGUGUAGUCUCAGGGCAGUUUCCUAUGAAUGCUAACAUUGCUUUAGACCGCCAAUGAAACUGAUCCAUGCUUGUUGAUAAUGCGGUGCAAGCAUUUGAACAGAUUGCCAAAAUGCAUCUGCUGGUUGUUUUACUAAUCUCAGGCAUAUGCUUGUCACAAUGGACACCUACAACUAAUUUGAUGAUGUAAGAGCUUUGAGUUUGUAGUCCCUUUUUUUCUAAUCUAUAAUCCUUCUAUAUGUGAAUAUUGUAGGUAUAUGAUCAUGCCAUGCUUUAUGUUAUAUACAUGUGAAGUUCAUUAAGAAAUGUAAUUUACACUUAGCUUUUUAAUGUUUAUUUGAUAAAGUUCCAUGGAUUCUUUGAACCA